AUGUUUGCUUCCGUGCCUCUAGAGUCCCCUCCUUGCGGGUUCAAAACCUGCAUUCCUCUUGGGGAUGAAGUUGGUUCCGAGCGUCGUAUUUUCCAACUCGACAUCCAAUCUUUGGAGAAGUGGUAUGAUGAACUCUUUCCAAAGCCGCGUGCUAACAAGGUAGCCAGCGUGUGCCAAGAAACCGGUGAGCAGAAUGGCCAAUGGACCAUCACCAACGGUUCGUACGAGGUCGAUGCCGCCAGUCCUGCAUCUUCGCCUACCGACAAGUCUGUCACUCCUGAUACUCCCGACUCACCACAGUACACUUUGGAAGACUUGGAGCUUCUCAUUCCUGGGUGUACGGCUGAUGAGGCAGAGGAGGUCGACACUGAGGUGCUCCAAGACCGGGCACACGCAUUGGAAAUCCUCGACGGUAAGGUUAACCCCCCUCCUAACCGUGACUAUGAAGGUAAGUAUGCUGAGGCCUUUCGCGGCUUUGCUGACGAGGAAGAACAGGCCAAGAAGAUUCAGGAGUCCCGUGAGAAGAUCAUAAACACUCCAUUCUUCAACGAUGGUCCCAAGGGAUGGAAGCUUCUCCACGACAUAAUCUCCUCUGGGCGGAUUCCAACUGAGGGAUCCGUGAAGUUUCCAGCCUACCGUCCCGGUCAACGAGCUUUCUUGUUCCAGCGGAGCAAUAGAGUGGGCAUGAUGGUCACUAUUGGGCAGCGAAACCUCGACGCAUGCAACAGGCUUGAGCUGUUCGAGCUUAUGGAGAAGGUCGAGGAGAGGGGAUGGAUCGACGCGAUCUAUGUCGCCAACCAGGAUGAGAACAUUCCCUGGCACAUCCCACAGAAGGGCGAGAUUGAGGUGCUGAAGUGGGGCGGUGUGGACGAGUAA